AUGACUCGAUGGACUGACUCUUUUGCCUUGCCCCUCUUGUUUGGUCCGCUCUCUCUUUAUGCCCCUCCUUCUCUCUCGCUCUUUCUUCCUGCCCAAGUCGCGGUUUCUGUUUUCCUCCAUUUCAGUCGUCUCCGUCAGGCCCAUGUCCUCUCGUCAACAGCCGCCAUGGCGGCAGCCUCCUCAGCGGCGGGAGUAGAGCUCCCGUCGUUGCAGAUUUGGAACUCGCUCACCAAGUCAAAGACGCCCUUUGUUCCGAUUGACCCAGCUGGAAAGAAGGUCUCUUGGUACGCGUGCGGACCGACAGUCUACGACGAUUCGCAUUUGGGCCAUGCCCGAAACUAUGUCAGCACCGAUAUCAUUCGGCGCAUCAUGCGCGACUACUUCAAGUUUGAUGUCAACUUUGUUAUGAACAUUACAGACGUCGAUGACAAGAUCAUUCUUCGUGCCAGACAACAGUACCUUUUCAACGAAUACGUCGCCGUAAACCUGACAAUUACCCCAGAGGUCUUGGACACGGUCAAGAAAGCAUAUGCCGCAUACCUGAAGAAGAACUUGUCCUUGCUCGAUCCCGAACUACCCGCCGCACAAUACCAGAAGGAGGUCGAGAAGGCAUAUGCGACGGUCCUGAGUGGUGGUGCUCUGCCGGGCAAUGAGAAGGCCGGUGAUGAUGAGGCUAAGGUCAAGAUGCACAUCAAGACUGUGGCUUCCGCUGCAGCAGUUCUGAGCAAGGCAGAGGGCAGCACUGCUGGCGACCCAGCAUUAUUUGCAGAAUCCUUCUACACCAACGCGCAGGAUGUUCUGCUGCCCUAUUUGGACUCUCUGAAAGGCUCUUCAAUUGACGCCGAUGACCACAGCAUCUUCACAAAGUUGACAAAAAAGUACGAAGACCGAUUCAUGAAGGAUAUGCGAGAUCUGAAUGUCCUCGAUCCGGAUGAGCUCACUCGCGUGACGGAGUAUGGUGCUGAAAUUGCCGAUUUCGUCGAGCGCAUUGUCAAGAACAAGUAUGGUUACGUCACUGAAGAUGGUUCUGUCUACUUUGAUAUCAGUGCCUUUGAGGCUGCCGGCCAUCCGUAUGCUCGCCUGGAGCCCUGGAGUCGUUCUGAUAAUAAGCUGGCUGCCGAGGGCGAGGGCUCUUUGAUUACAAAGACUACGGAGAAGCGGAGUGCUUCUGACUUCGCGCUCUGGAAGUCUUCCAAGCCCGGAGAGCCGAGCUGGUCCAGCGCUUGGGGCAAGGGUCGUCCUGGAUGGCACAUUGAGUGCUCAGCCAUGGCCUCGGCCCGCCUGGGUAAGCAGAUGGAUAUCCAUUCGGGGAGUGAGGCAUACUGGGAUGAUGGCCACCAGCAUGAGCAGUGGGUCAACUACUUCUUGCACAUGGGCCACCUGUCCAUCCAAGGCUCCAAGAUGUCCAAGUCGCUGAAGAACUUCACUACGAUCCGGGAAGCCCUCGACCGGAAAGAUUGGACGCCCCGGAGUCUGCGCAUUGUCUUCCUUCUCGGUGGCUGGAAGGAGGGUUGUGAGAUCACCGAUGAGCUGGUUAGCUCUGGUAACGCUUGGGAAGACAAGGUGAACAACUUCUUCCUUAAGAUGAAGGAUGCGGCUGCUCUUCAGGGCUCAGCUACCGAUACUACCUUUGGCGCUGAUUUGGAUGCCGCCAAGGCUGCCGUGCACAAGCACCUCUGCGACUCUUUCAACACACCCGGUGUCAUGCAAACCAUCUCUGAGCUCAUUACCAAGUACAACAGCGCUGACAAGGCUAUCCUGAACCCCAAGGACGUCGAGGCUGCUGCCCGCUGGGUGACCUCGCUCGUCAACAUGCUUGGCUUGAAUGGGGCUACACCUGCCGACAGCACUGAGAUCGGAUGGUCAGGCAUCGACGUUCCCGAGGAAGCCAAGCCAUUCCUCUACCCACUUUCUUCCAUGCGGGAUACUCUCCGUCAAGCGGCUCGCUCCAAGCAGGGCAUCUCACCGCAGCAAAUCGAAGAGGCUGUUAAGGAAACUUUGCCAUCCGAGGUUAUCGAGUCAGCGAAGCCCUACGCCGAGGUUUUGUCCAACUUCCGAAGCAAGGUCUCCUCUCUCAAGUCAUCCGACUCGGCCGGCAAGGACAUUCUCGCCCUUUGCGAUCGCGUCCGGGAUAUUGACCUGUUCGACCUGGGUAUCUACCUCGAGGAUCGGGACAACCUCCCUGCACUUGUCCGUCCCGUCACACGGGACAUGAUCCAAGCUCGGGAGGAGAAGGAAGCUCGUGCCAAACAGAAGCUUCUAGAGAAGCAGAAGCGCGAACAGGAAGCUCUGAAGCAGUUGGAGAAGGGCAAGCUGAGCCACCUUGAGAUGUUCCGAACCAACGAGUAUAGCGCCUGGGACGACGAAGGUCUACCCACACGUGAUGCUGCUGGCGAGGAACUCACCAAGAGCCGCACGAAGAAGCUCCGUAAGGACUGGGAGCGCCAGAAGAAGGCGCAUGAGGCGUGGCUGGCUAGCCAAGCCAAAUAG